AUGCCUGCACCUUUCUUGACGGCCAUCGUGGCCGCGCUUCUAGGCUCCAGUGUCUAUGCCAACGCCGCUAACAACGGCGUUGCCGGCGUGCCGCUCCCACCAGGCUUCUCCCGUGCCCUCUUCUACGACGACUUCUCCUCCAACGGCACCCUCGACAUGUCCAAGUGGAAGCAUGACCUCGGCACGCAGUAUCCCGGCGGACCAAGCAAUUGGGGUACCGGCGAGAUCCAGUCUUACACCGACUCGCCCGAAAACAUCUACGUCACCCAGGAAAAGACGCUGCGCAUCAUCCCCAUCCGCGACAACCAGGGCGGCUGGACGUCGGCUCGCAUCGAGACGCAGCCCAACUGGGACUUUGGCGCCGCCGUCGGCCAGCAGAUCCGCGUGGAAGCUAAGAUCAAGCUAGGACAGGCCGCCGCCGACGAUCAAUGGGGUAUCUGGCCCGCGUUUUGGUCCCUCGGCAGCACGCUUCGCGGCAACUACAACAACUGGCCGGCGGUCGGCGAGAUUGACUUUUUUGAGAGCGCACACGGCCAGGCCCGCGUCUGGCAAACGCUGCACUGUGGCUCAAGUACCAGCGGCGGGCCAUGCAACGAGCCCAUGGGGCGCUUCAACGAGGCGGACAGCAGCAUUUACAACCGUGACGACUGGAAUAUCUUUUCAUGGGAGCUGGAUCGUCGUCCUGGCACUGGCUGGACGGAUGCGUGGUCGGGUCCCGAGGAGCGAAUGACGUGGUUUGUCAAUGACAAGCCGCUCUUUGUUCUCAAGAAGUCUGACCUUGGCAGCGACGAGACCUGGAGCCAGCUCGUCGACACUAAAAAGUUUCUUCUUCUCAAUGUUGCUGUGGGUGGAAGCUUCGCCAAUGCCAAGGCCAACUUCCACACGCCCACGGAGAAGACUGUUGGUGGACUGGGGGCUGCCAUGGAUGUUGACUAUGUCGGCGUCUAUGAGUCUUGGUCCCAGUAG